CGUAAUCCUAUCUGAAUCAAAAGAAAAUUGUCUUAUUGAUAAAAAAUAUCUCUACAUCCCUCUGGUUCUUCUGUCAAAUCAAACGAGAAAGCUGCAGCAAGUCAGCAACUAUGGCUUCCCUCCGCUUCCCAUUCUUCUUUCCUAAGCCACCGAAUCAACCCUCCACUUGCUCUUCCCGCCCCUUCUCUAACACCGCAGUCGCGUCUUCCGCUGCCGUUGCUGCCGGCGGAAUCCUUGCAAUCGCGCAGAUCACAAGCAAGCACCACCCACUGAAUUUCCUGCUCUCAAACUUCUCACCCGAGAAGAAUCACUUCCACCCGUUAUGGGGUUCCCUUUCUCUCUCCGGCAGCUCGGCCCCUGUGACGGAAUCGAGGACCGGUAUGUCAUUCCCGGCCGUUCUGAAAUACUCUCAGCGACUUCUAGGGAUCGGGUUGAGAAAGAAGUCCAUUUUGGGAUUAAAGAACAUCGAUGUCUAUGCUUUUGGCGUGUAUGCCAAUGAAGCUGAUGUGCAGAGCUUUCUCAAAGAAAAAAAUGAGACGCUUUUUGGUUCUCAGUCACAGGCAAAGGAGCUGAAGGGUGAACUAAUGGACAAUGAUAUACGCACCACCAUUAGGCUGCAGAUAAUGUAUGGAAGGCUAAGCAUUCGGUCCGUGCGCAGUGCUUUUGAAGAGUCUGUUGGAAGCAGACUACAAAGGUUUGGCGGAUCAGAUAACAAAGAAUUGCUUCAAAGAUUCACUUCCCAGUUCAGUGAUGAAAUCAAGAUACCUCGUGGAGCUGUCAUAGAACUCUCAAGGGAGCCUGGCUUUGUACUUCAGACCACAAUUAAUGGAAAGGAAGUGGGAAGCAUACAGAGCAAAGCAUUGUGUCGAUCGAUUUUAGACCUGUACAUCGGUGAUGAACCAUUCGAUAAAAAGGCCAGAGAGGAUGUUGAACUCAAUCUGGCUUCACUUCUUCAAAAGUAGUGCGACAUUUACCGAGGAGCUUGUGUGGGGGUAAACUUCUUCUUUUCUUUUUCAAAUAUAUUUGUCAAGACUUUUGUUGGCAUUUACUACAAUGAUAAUGACAUACCAAUAGAGUUUGUGCAAAUCUAUUUUCGUUUCGGUGGACACUAGAUUCACCCAUUGUGCGUGCACUAUAAGAAUUUCAUCCAAAAUAUGAAAAAAUAAGAACUUUGUUGAAUAAAUGUCUAACACUGAAUAAUAAAAUUUGAAGUAUAAAUUUAAAGUGAUAUAUACUCUGUACCUAUUUCGCUUAAUGAAAAGUGCAUAGAAGUGCUUUAAAAAUAUAUAUACUUAAACUAUCUUCAAUAGAGGAACCAUUAGUUUUAGUUCAGAAAGAAUUAGACAUGAUUAUGAACAUCUACGAGUAUUGUGAAGAAAAGCACACUGUACAAAAAAUAUAAAAUUCCAUCAUAACAUUACAAGAUAAGACCACGGGUGAUUGUUUCAAAAAGUAUAUACUCUGGCAAAUAUAAGAUCUCUUCAUAGAAAACGUACAAUUAUUUUGAAUCCUCUCAUUUUGGACUUCGCUAUACACUGAAGUAAAACUUUUAAGAGUAAAGAAAUUCAAGACCAGAGUAAAAAAUAGGAUAAUGAGGGAGGAAAAAAUUGCAAUACAAUGAGUGAGAGUGACCCACUUAUUAGGGAGUCAUUUGGUUCACAAUGAUAGUCUUUUACCAAAGCUUGAAAGUAGAUGAGUAGCACACACAUGCAUACAUAACAGGCCUACCUAUUUUCUAACAGUUUCUUACCCAAAAAUACUACAAUGGAAGAUUAAGCAAAAUAGUAAUAAGAAACUUAGACAAAUGAUCUAAACAAAUUAAACGUCAAUGAGCUAAAGCAUACCCAUCAAAACCUUUUAUUUAAAAAAGUGUUAGUGAUAAAGCAAAAGAUAAUACAACCCAAAGGCUAUAGAGCUCAAGUCCAAGUAAAUGCCAAAGAAACUAACUAAUGCCUAAAGAAACUAACUAAUGCCUAAAAAAAGUCAUAGCUCAUAAAAAGAGGAAAACGCCCUGCUUCCCUACACCAAAGAACAAACAGACAAGAAAAAACCGUAGGGGCGUAGGGUGCAGAUGCUCCAAGACCCUGCCAAAUGACACCCACUUAAAAGUUUCAAUAAAUACCCUGCCAGCACAAAUAACGCAAAAACCAUUCAUGCAAGAGAAUCCAAAAACGGGACUUGCAGUCCAUACAGUCCGAUUAUACCUUCUCCAAAACACAGAGGCCAAUGACAUAAUGCCUAAGAAACUCUGAAGAUAAUGUAUGGAAGGCUAAGCAUUCGGUCUGUGCGCAAUGCUUUUGAAGAGUCUGUUGGAAGCAGACUACCAAGGUUUAGCGGAUUGAAUAACAAAGAAUUGCUUCAAAGGUAUGCUUUUUGCAAUUUUGCAUUCCAUAUUUCCAUUGCUGCAAUGCUUUGAGGAAUGGCAUUUUCUUUAUAUCGACUUAUAUGAAUGGCCGACCUGAUGAUGCAUUGGAUUGAGUAAGAAAAUAAACUUCCGUCU